ACAAUGGAGAUGAAAAUUAAGCAAAAUUCUCUUGUUGCCAAACGUCCUUUAAAGCCCAGCAACACCAAAGCUGUGUUUAUUGAGCCACAAGGUAAGAAUAGUAACUCUUAUAAAUCUAUUCAAAGAGGCUUUGAGUUACAGAAUGAGACCAACGGAGCCAAAUUAAAUGAAAAUCUUCAAAAACAACCCAGGCUAAAACAGGAUAAGAAGAAUAUCACAAAUGAAGAGCAAAGAUUUUUGGAUGAUCCAGGAAUAAGCUAUGGCUGGAUUAUCAUCCUAAUGGCUCUAUGGAUGGUUAUUAACGUAUUCACUGGCCUCCCAAUCAUAUUCUCUUUCAGUCUUAUCUUUUUCUCAGGGCCUUACAUGGGAGUGCUUACAGCUAUAUUUGCACACACUCUGUUGGCAAGGAAGUACUAUCACAAGAGCUCUAUAAAGGAUUUAUUCACAGUCCACGGGAUUAAUAUAUUCUGCAUUAACUUAGUGAUAGACAUUGCAGUGUUAACGUCCAUACACUAUGCGAUAGAGGAGCAUUGUAAGCAUCGUAUACCUUCUUUUCUCAGGUACAUUGAACGAGCAAUUCCUAUUUCAGCGACACUAUUUAUCCAUUUUAUCCUCUUUUAUUUACUAAAUUUUCUCUAUGACCGGCUUAUAAAAGUAAAAGCUGAAGAUACAGCAGCAUCUAGCUCUAGAGGAACUGAGUCAAAAAGUUACUUACCUCUUAAACCAGCUUUGGGAAUUCAACUUCUUUUGUUCCAGUUGUUAAUAUCGAUAUACUUUGCUGUAGUAUUUGAACUCACUUAUCAGUCUAUGCCGUACCUGGCUCAGUCCUUCUGCAUAUUAUAUCCAGUUUUAAUCGGAACUGCGAAGACUUUCCAAAUGUGGUGAAUCAAUGAGUACGAAAUAGACACUAUAUAUGAGUUCCUCAGCCUGGGCUUGGCCGCUUUCCCAUACAGGUUCCUGUUCUUCACAGUAGAUCUGCCGAUUGUUGCAACUCUGAUAGUAAUGAUCAAAUUUGGCUAUAAAAUCAAUGGUUACGUGUUGGCUUAUUUGCCCAAAACACUUCAAUACAAGAAAAAGUUAGAAGGCUGAUUUAAGAAGAAAAAUAAGACUGGAAUUAAGGAUAACUCCAAAGAAGUUCCAAUACAAAAAUCUUGAUCCAAUGACAUAUCGGAAUUAGGAAUAGCAGAGAAUAUGAGAUCAAAUAGCAAUCUCAAUGAUAUCCAUUCCCACUCUUGAAAGGAUGAGAAUAGAGGUCCUCGAUUUUCUGAGGAGCAUAAUUUCGAAGAGAAUAAAUACCAGUCACAACACUAUUCAAGCAAGAAGGCUAAGAACCUAGAGAUAGAGGCUUUGUAUGGAAGAGAGCCUACAGCCAAUAAAACACCCAAUAUGGAGAUUGAGCUAGAAAACAGGGCAGAAAAAUCCAUAAUCUCUGAGAAACCUUCGUUAAUUCCUGAAAAUUCAGAGAUUUUACUUUCGAAAGAAGUCUCUUUGAAAUUCUUUAUCCAACAAUUCCUUGAUAUUGGCGAUAUUAUUGGAACAUUGAUUAUCUUCAUACUCUUGCGAGCUGUUGGGAAAGGAGAUAUAGGAAACCUCUCCAGGUCCCAUACUAUUCUGUUCUGCAUUGAGGUUACUAUUGAAUUUACCCUUGAGAUUUUCUGGUCUAUUGGAAUUGUUCCUAUCAUCAAGAAAAUAACUGUGUUAAAAGAUUUCAGGCCAUCUGCAGGAGCAAGGGAGAUUCUUAUGAAAGAAAUGGUAUAUCUCUCUAUUCUGAGCAUCAUGACGUACCCUAUGAUGCUUUUUAUGAUUCUUAACCAAUAA